AUGCGGCAUUCCACGCUCCAGAACCUUGAAGUGGACGAUGGGCGAUCCGUCCUGUCCAACUCCAGUCUUGGAAGUCACUCAUCGGAGACAAUAAAACAUUCCACGAAUACUUUACAGGCUCAACUGAAGAACCGAAAGUAAGUCUAAGAUUUCUGAUAUUAUUCUUUUUAUUUUUAGGUUUACAGCUGCAUUGGGUCGUGUUGGACAUGCCAGAGAGGCUCGAGAUGCUGUAGCGAAGCUGAUUAAUCGAGUAAGAGACAAUUUCCGUGACUUUCUGCCAAAAUCGACGUGUGCAAUAUAAUCUGUCGUUUUUCAGCGGUCUCCCCCAAUUGCCCAGCCCUUAGACUUUGAGGGAUUUGUUACCGAGUUCAAUGCCGAGCUGGAGACCGAUUCUCUUCGGGAUUUGGUCGUCUUUCCACGGGAUGACAUCACCGUGAGUUUAUUUUAGUCCAUUGUUUCUAUUUUUAGUUGUGUAAACCGUGCAAAAAGGAGAUAUAUGCCGCAGAAAAGGUCGCUGAGCAGUACAAGGACGCCACCGAUUGGGGAUUAGUCAAGGAAGCCAUCCAGCAUUUCUCCACACCUUGCAGUGUUAUUAAAUUUAAUUACGAAAGCUUCUUUGGCGAUUGUGAAAAGUAAGUGUGAUUUUUCCAUUAUUAUUCUUCGGUUUUUAGGUAUCUCGCGAAUUCAGGUCUUGAAGAGCUUAUUUUCGAAUCAGAAGAUCCCAUCGAAAUCUUAAAGGUAGAAUUUUCCACCAAAUUUAUAUUACACUACCAGUCUAAUAUAAAAACCUCCGAAAAAAUGUAUCUUCUUCCAGGAAAAGGAGAAAGCUCCUAUUGGAAAAAUAAAAGAGGGUCAUUUACUGUUGGAGAUCAAAGGAGAAAGCAAUUCGAAACUGUUCAAAGGUCGAAAACGAAGAUUUUGUCUUCUGAAGAGGACUGUUGAGAACAAUGUAAUUUUUGAAGUCUCCAAGCAAAAAGAUGGGUCCAAAUCGGUGUACGAGAUCAAAUCAGCCCAUUUGAAGACUUUUAACAAGCAACGGACCAAUGUUUUGCAACUAAUUCCUACUGGAAAAGACUGUCCCCAUGAGAUUUUGGCCUUCGAAGCUGACUCUGGAAGCAUCGGAGAUUGGUUUCAGAGUGUGGACUUGGCUAUAAAAAGUAAGGAAGUUUACUAUAAAGUCGAUUUAAGGAGAAGUAAUCAGAAAAAAUUUGGGUUUUUUCUAAAUUUCAUAUUAUUUUAGGUGUUCCAGCCGAGGAAUCGGAUAAAAUCUCGGAGCCAAGUCUCAGUGAGACGAUUAACGAGAGUCUCAGAAGUUCAGGGAGCUCCGGAGGUAAGAUUGAGCUAUCUUUCGAUAAAAUUGUUUUGGUUUUUAGGUAAGAAAAUUGUAUAUUAUACUUGCAGACCAUGUAAGUCGUGCAUCGCUUCGACAAAAAAAUUCCGUGGAAUCGCUUCUCCGCCCGCCGACAGUCAAACGGAAGAACGUUUUUAGUCUGUACGAGAAUGUGGAACCAAUGAGCCGACCGCCCGGCGAAGGCACCGCGAUUUUGGAGGAUCCGGACGACGAAUAUCAACCCUGUUCCGUGGAUUUGUCCCUAAUGAACGUGGAGGGCAAGAACACGUUGGACGGGAAUGCCAAUCAAACCUGCCAUUCGGUCCGACGCCUCCGGCAAUUCGUUGAUUUGACCUGCAAUUCCAUGAGGCUUACUGUAACAACGGAUGCGGGCCCGAUGCAAAUCGAACCCUUCUUUGUGAACGUGUUUUUGUUUGACCCGGAAAGUGGAGAGAGAUUGACGAAUGAACUGGAGUUCAUGGUCGCAAAUGAGGAGUAUAAGAAAUUGGCGAGUGAGGGGAAGAAUAACAUGUAUAACAUGUUUGAUAUGGAAAAUUUGAACUGGGAGGUGAGUGGAACGAAGGUUAUAAGCGGUUGGGUUUACAGUAGAAGAUUUUUUUUGGUCAAAAGUUGAAUUUUUGCGUCAACCAGUGUUGCUUGAAGAACAAAAACCUCUGUGAAAAUCCACCUGACAUCUUAAUACUGAAAUUUAAACGUUUUAAAACAAAUUUCAGCUGCUAAUUUUUGUAUUUCUAACAAAAAAAUCCCAUUUUUUGAUAAAAAAUCGUGUAAACCUCGGAUUUCCUUCAAAACUUCGAUUUAAAAAUCCGAGUGUAAAUCACCGUUUUCGGCCUUCUGUAGUGACGGAUCUGAACCAGUGGCAAAAAACGUAGCAUUUUGCAUCCGGGAAGCAUCAAAAAUGCAGCAAAAUACCUCCCUCUCCAAGUGAAAAAACUCCGUUUUGAAGAGUCCUCACAAAAAGAGCGGGCGCGCUUUUGAAAUUUGAGUUUUUUACUUGGAAAUGGAGGUAUUUUGCCACAUUUUUGAUACUUUCGGGAUGUAAAAUGGUAUCUUUUUUGCUACUGGAUCAGAUCCGUCACUGCAGAAGGCCGAAGACGGUGUUUUACAUGCGGAUUUAUCGAAAUUUUGAUGGAAAUCCGAGGUUUACACGAUUUUUUGUCGAAAAGUUGGGAUUUUUUUGUUAGAAAUACAAAAAUUUGCAGCUGAAAUUUAUUUUAAAACGUUUAAAUUGCAGUGUUAUGAUGUUAGGUGGAUUUUCACAGAGGUUUUUGUUCUUCAAGCAUCACUGGUUGACGCAAAAAUUCAAUUUUUUACCAAAAAAUCGGACUUUUUGGUUAAAUAUCCCGAUUUUUUGAUAAAAAUUGAAAAAAAUAUCUGUGAAAAUAGUUUUAAGAUAGUUACAACACUAUCUGUCAUUGGUAAUUUAUUUUUACAGACUAUUUUUUCAUCUUACUCAUGAUUUUUUGACUGAAAAUGGGAUUUUUUGCGACAAAAUCAGUAUUUUUUCAGGCCUCCCUAAGGUCUCAAAAGCUCCCAGAAUCAACCCAAAUUGUUGUCAGAGUUGAAAGAAUCCUCUCGGGAGUCCAGUCCGACGUCUACUUUAAGAACACGGUGGACAAGAAAAGCUUGGCCAAACAUCAAAAAGUCCUCUUGAAUGCCUUCAAUAAACUAAAUGAAUGCCGCACCCUGAUCGGAUGGACGACAAGACCGUUGAAAGGACAUCAAAACGGAGAAUUACUGCCGAUUUAUCGACAUGAAGGCCAUUUGAAUGAUCAGGAUUUGAAGAAGUUUUUGGGAGACCAUCAAAAGUAUGUUGAACAUGGGCUUUGAUGGGUAGUAUUGAAGUUUUUGGGGAAUUUGGCUGGUUUUUGGUUAUUUUUAAUGGAUUUGUUGAUAUUUUGGGGCGGAUUGGGAAGCUGGCUGGCGAUUGUGAGCUGUUUCAAAAGAGAUUGGGACCGAUUUUUUCUCUCGAAAUAGAGGUUUAUCAAGUAGAACAUAGAAGCAGAAUUUUAUUUGAAAAUCUCAUUUAUUUGCAUUUUCCUGAAGUCUACGUUGCAAAUGGUUCACAGGCCAAUCCUUUGGUCUGGUGAUCACUGAGAUUAGCCGUAAGUUGGCGUGACAAACCUGCUGACUACCGUAACCGACUGAUUUGAAACCGGUUUUCGUCCUAAAAAACUGAGGACUGCCGCACGGAUCUCACUAAAAAUAGGUUUAUCAUGAUGCAAAUUUACUAGUGAACUUGUUGAGCAUUGAAUUUUUUUGGGAAAAUUGGAGUUUUUUUGGCGUUUUCGUUGUGAGACCAAGAAAUAAAAGAAUUUCCGAAAAAUCGGUCAUAAUGACGAUUUUUUAAGUAAAAGUGUGGUAAAUGGUAUAAAAAAUGUGUUCAUAGAACCUGUUUUAAAAAAUUCAGUCUCUUAUUCAGUCACUAUGACGGAUUUUUUGGAGCUUUUCAAAUUUUUGGGUCCCGCAACGAAAUCCUUUCCCUAAAGAGAACCGAUCAAAUUUGGAGUAACGCCGAAUCAAAACGAACUUACGAAUUCAUUACGAAGCUGAUAAAAGGCGUCAUUCCACAAAUGGCAACCCAAUGAAGGUUAAUAAUUGCCGCGAAGAGCAGCUGGUUUUUCGCAGAAUUUUGAUAAUUCCAAGCAUACAUGUUACCAACAGUACUCAUAAAUGAAAGCACAUUCUGCGCCAAGAUCUGCUGCUCUUUGUUUUUGAGCCGUUUUGCUUUGACAUAUUUGUAGCGCUGAAAAUAGAGAAAGGCAUGUUAUGGUUGGCAAAAAAAUGUAACAUUUUGCAUCUGGGAAGUAUCAAAAAUGGAGCAAAAUACCUCCCUCUACAAGUGAAAAAACUAAUUUUAGUUGGAGAGGGAGGUAUUUUGCUACAUUUUUGAUGCUUCCCGGACGUAAAAUGGCACAUUUCUUGCCGCUAGAUCAGGUCCGUCACUGUAACAAAAGCGUCUCUAGUCGAAAUAAGAAAACGAUUACCUUUAAACCAGCUGACAAAACGAUAAAACAGCUCAAGAUGAACGUUAAAAUAAGUUCUGCAUAUUGGCUUCUGUAGAGAAAGUCGUACAAAGUAGAGUCGGCUUGGCUAACGGUAGUCCAGCAGAGCGCAGAAACAACAAAAAUUAAAUUGUGAUUGCAAAAGUAAAAUAAGUAAGCAGUUAUUGCACCGAGAAUCCAACAAAAGAGGAUUUGAGCCUAAAAUUUAAGAGAUUUUUUGAUGAGAAAGAUUAUAAUGCUCUGUUGUACAAUCAACAAUUGCUUACAUUGGCACAGGCUGGGCGAAUUUCGCCCCUUGUAAAGUUCAGCAUACAAAACCGAUCAAAUGCCAGUAAUAAAUAAAGAAAUAUCAUAACAUUCCAACUGCAAUACAUUAUAUGGCCGAGUAUCUGAAAAGGAUAUUAUACGGAGUGUAACUGCGGACAGAAAGGUCUUAAAAGAUAUCAAAAAGAGCUCUAAUUUGGUAGAAAAGUAUCACAGAGGAAUAAGGUAUUAAUAUAUUUAUUCUUCUGUGAUACUUUUUGAUACCAAAUUCGAGCUUUUUUUGAUAUCUUUUUUGACCUUGUUGUUAACUGGAACCGGUUUCCAGAGAAAUUAACUGCGGACGGAAAGGUCAUAAAAGAUAUCAAAAUGGGCCCGAAUUUGGUGUCAAAAAGUAUCACAGAGGAAUAAUAGAUAUUUUUAUUCCUCUGUGACACUUUUUGAUACCAAAUUCGAGCUUAUUUUGAUAUCUUUUUUGACCUUGUAGCCGACGGAACCGCUCUCCAAAGAGAUUAGUUUUGAACGACCUACCAAAUUCAAAGUAAGGUCUAAUUCCUUGUUGAACAAUAAGGCACAUCCACCAAAGAAAUGAGGUAUAAGUUGGAGAAUAUCGGACAGAUUUUGUGAAAUCAUUAUUCGAUAUGCGGAUUUAUCCCGAUGCAAACGGCUUCGGAUCAUUGCCUAAAAAAAUUAUUUUUGCCCCCGAAAAAGCGUAAAAGAUCAUUUACAUGGCCAAAAAAGUGCUUACCACUACUGUGACUACCAGAAAAAGCGUCGCAAUUAGGCUAGUAAUGAUUGUAGCUAACCCAAAGAACACGGCGUAACCAUCGGACAUUGCCAAAUUCUGAAGGUUGUGUUGUAGUUUACGUGGCGGCAUCAAGAGAAAGUUUCGUUUACGAGGAACAGGCGGCAAAUUUGAUUAAUGAAAUGUAAUCAAAGAAUGGUUUGGCGUUUUUUAGAGCCGAAUAGUAAACCAGAACAGAGGUAUAGUUGUUAGAAAGGGGCUCUGCGUAGGCAAUGUUACGGAAUGGGAGAUUCGGCAAGGUGUCGUGGGUAAUAAGGAUGAACAGAGAACAAACAACUAGCGUCCAUGAACUUUUAAGAGUACUUGUAGUCAGACUAAUGAGCCCUCCGCUGGAUAAACACUAUAUUUGCGAGAGGUAGAUGUCUGUUCGAGGCGAAAAAACUGACAAUUUUUACUCGUCGUUUGACCGAGGUUUUUUCAAUAGAUGUAAAAUUUCGGUCGUCAAAAAGUAGAGAAAGCAAACUGAACCAAAAUUUGAUAUUGUAAUGGAUGGGAGAGGGAUUAAAAGCUUCCAAAAGAUCUGCAAAAAUUGUAGUGGCAGUAGAAAUUACUCACAAAAGAGAUAAUAAUGAAGAUUUUGAAAUUCGUAGUCUUGGGCUCGGUUUUUUAAUCUGUAGGCAUCGAAAAGUUUGUGCGGACAAAGAAAUGUUCUUUCAUCCUUCAGAACAGUUUACUUUGGAUUACACAUUCAUCAGCUGUGUCUAAAGACAUGAUGAUUCCUAAAUUUGGAAGAGUGUCCCGAAAAACGUGGAUCCGAAACAUUUCCCGAAUAAUUUUUUUUGUCAAAUGGACUUUCGGAGGUAAAUUUAUUAGCUCCACCGUACAUUUAUACGUGUAUUUGCCUAAUUACCUAUAUUUCGGACUUUAUAAUUUGCGGGCAAAAAAGUGCGGGAACCGAAAAGUCCAUUUUCGGGCGAAAAAAGUUCCUCAUUAUGGGAAAUACUAAUAGAAAAAGCUCUACCAGUUUUUACUUUUAGUACAGGUUCAAAUCAACAGUUUUUUUGUAUCUUCGAUAUCUUGCAAAUUCGGGCCCAUUCGGUUACCAGCCCUGAACCAGCUAUAUGAAUGGCAUUGUACCUUGCUCCCUUCAAAAAGCAUAAUCUGACAGAAAUCAGGGUCUAGAUGCCCAACGGGUUUGUUAGUAACCAAAUUUAGCAUAACUGCUUUGACCUUUUUUAAACAUAGCUUCAAGCUAUUCUUAAAGUAUAGAGAUCGAGUUAUACAAGGCAAGUUAAAAUAUGGAGGAUAAUAAAUGUAGUUUUUGUUGGAUUACAACUACUUAGCUAUUGGUUAUUACAAGAGCCCCUGUAGGAAGGUUGGGGAUCAUAUUUCUCGUGACAAGUACGGUAUACUUUACUCUAAUUGUCAAAAAACACGUUUCCCCUCCUUAUAACUGACUAAUACGAAAAUAUAUAUAUUACACCGACAAAUGUAGUCGGUUUGAACUUGCUAAGGUUCGUCAUUACACGAAAAAUUUUUGCUACGUACUUGACCCUACACACUAUACAUUGCUGUCAAAAUAUUCAUAAGAUUUUCGAGGAAAGGCAAAGUUAUUUCAAAGCUUUAUUAACCUUUAAUAUAUACAAUACGUUUUCCCGGUACUUACACAUAAACAAUAUAAAUAAUUGACUAUUUCAACAAGGAACUGUAUGAGAAGCGAUGAUUAGAUUGUGAUGAAACUUGGCACAAAUUGAGAAUAAAGUUUUCUACGAUUUCCCGGGAUGUUUAGCUCACGUUUUGCUGAAAUUACCGAAAUUUUAAGGUCGAACAAACGCAAAUUUUUACCUUAUUUUGACCUUUAAGUAUCGGUAAUUUCCGCAAAAUGCAAGCUAAAAAUCUCGGAAAAAUCGUAGAAAACUCUAUUCUCAAUUUGUGCCAGGUUUCUUUGAAAUCUAAUCCUCGAACUCAAAAGGCUAUCCCCGUCAAAAUUAAACUUUGAAAUCAAUUGGAGAUUUUUGAUUGUCGAUGAUGGAAAUUUGAAUGGGAUAUCGGACCUUAUUCAACAUCAUUUGACGAUGAUUUUUUGCUUUCUUGCAGCAACCUUUGAAUGGCAGUUUAACCUCUCUAAAAAAUGAUUUCGAAAACAGAUUUUUUGACUUACUCAAUGAAUCCAAAGAGCACAACAAAAAGAAUGCAGAUGCUGAACCAAAGCUGUUUUUGCAAAAAUUCGACCAAAUAAAAGUCGCUGAUGAAUUGAGCAACAACGAAGAGUGAGGAAAAUGUGAGGACAAACCGGAUUACAGUACUGUUGGAGGUCUGAAAGAGUACUUUUUAUUAGGCUUUUACAAUGAAAUCCCACAGAAAAUGUCCUUUUGAAAUGUCACGUUGGCGAAUUUGAGAAAAUAGUACAAGUCUAGUUUUUGCGUCAUAACACAAAGUCCAGAGAGCAGAUGAAAAAUUCAGAAUAUAAUACAGUGGCGGACCUGAUUCGGUGGCAAAAAACGCACCGUUUUGCAUCUGGGAAGUAUAAAAAAUGUGGCGAAAUGCGUCCCUCUCCAAGUGAAAAAACCUCCAGUUUCAAAGGCGCGCCUAAUCUUUUUGUGGCGGAUAAAGCACGAUCUUCAAACCGGAGUUUUUAGUUAGAGAGAGGAGUAUUUUGCCACAUUUUUGAUGCUUCCCGGAUGCAAAAUGGUACGUUUUUUGCCAUUGGAUCAGGUCCGCCACUGUUUUGUUUUGUGAUAUUUUCCGUGCUUUGUUUAUUUAUGCAUCUUAUGACGCAAAAAUUGGACUCGUACAAUUUUCCCAAAUUUGACAACGUGACAUCUCAAAAGUACACUUUUUUGUGCGAUUUUGUUGGUCAAUUCCCGCAAAACUCACCUUUUUGUUCAGCUCAUCGAAGCAAAACAAUUGCGCAACCAUCACACCGGAGACCACAAAAUAUUUCACAAGAAAUAAUGAGAGCGACAAGUAAUCAUAGUCCAACGCGGCUCGCAUUGUUGAGGUCUUGAAAACAGAGGUCAGACAAAGCAAGAAUGCGCCGCAAAUCCAAGGCGCAACAAGUAUAGUAUUGUGAUGUAAAUUGCUGAUCGGGAAUCCGGCAACAAGCAAGAUUGAAAGGAAUAAAAGUUGGAGAAGAAUGAUGUUUUCAUUGGCGAUUCGAAAUGAAGAGAAUGUCUGAAAAUUUAUGAAAUUUUAAACGAACUGUUCAUAGUUCACAGUUCAUAAUACAUUUUUUUCUGCGUAUUGUUAGUAACAGUCUGUCGGGAAAAUAAUGUGGAUUUGUCGCGCCUUUGAAUCGCGCAUCAUCACUGUGCGACGACUAGCGUCGGCUUGGUAUUUGGUGUGCGACUGCGACGAGCCGAGACAUUUUGCUGCGACCAAUCCACAUUCUUUUCCCGACAAACUCAUUUCAUAAAGUGCGUGGACAUUUCUCCAUUUCGCACAGUGAAAAUCACAAAAUGUCAUUUGCACUAUGCAAAUUUCUGGCGCCGGUAUAGCGAUGUCCAUUGCACUUUACGGGUGUCUCCGUGAAGUUAGACGGGCCAUAUUUGGUGGACAAGAAAUAGGGUGUCUCAGCUUCAAUUUGAUAUAAAUUUUAUAGAAAUUGGUGCAUUGUUGGCGGAGAAAUACUUGAGAAGAGGUUGGGAGUUUCGAGUGGCCCACCCUGUACUAAUAAGCGGCUUACACUCGCAUAGGCGCUAGCCUUGUAACCGGCAAGUCUGAGCAAUCCUUCUUGUUGUAACGAAAAACUUUGUAGUCCAAUUGAAAAUGAGAGGUGUAACAAGUGUGAACGAACGGAAAGUCUGUCGCCCACAUAGGCUUUUCGUAGACUCUGAAACAAUAAAUGACUUGGUUGGGUUACUGUAGGCAUCAAACUUUUGAAUCGGGAUAUUGUUUUGACGUUUCUGGCGAAAUUCUAGAAAAUCCGUCAUCCCGACAUGUUUAACCUGUUUCAAAUAUCAACAAAUCAGUUUGAAAUGCGGUAUACUUCUACUUCAACUAGUUUGUUGUUAUUUGAAACAUGUUAAAUAUGUCAGGAUGACGGAUUUUUUAGAAGUAUCUUGAAACGUCGAAUUUCAACGAUAAACAAGAUUAAUUUCCGAUAAUUUGAAGAUGAACUUACAAUAUUAUAAGCGAUUAAAAGCGGAAUGCAAACAAAUCCUUGUCCAAACAAUAGCCAAUCCCAUAAAUUCCGGUUCAAAAUGACGUCAUAUUCAAAUUUCAUCUUUCAGAUUGCUAAAAGCCGGCAAAUUAACUCCAAUUCCGAACGCUCAGCUGGGCUUGAACGUGGACGUUCGUUCUGAAAAUGUGGAUGUGCCUUGUAAGUGUGAUAUAUUAAGUUGAAGUUAAAAAGUGUCAUGUGUAAUAUAAAUUGUGGUCGAUAUUUGGGAUUGAAGAGGGAAGAAAGUACUGUUUACGAGCUAAGAGAUAUAGAAUGUGAGUGUAAAAUGAGUUUAUGGGCAUUUUCAAACCAAAAAAUGGGUAAAUAUUUGUCAUGGAUAAUAUAAUUUUAAACGAAUUUGGUUGAGACCAAAGCUUAAAAUGGUAGUUCCUGGUUUUAAAUAAAGGAAAAUUACCAAAGAGGGAGCCUAGCUGAGUUUAAACCCCAAUAGAGACAAAAAAUUUUAUCUAGUGUAAUAUAUUUUUUGCUCAUUUUAGCUCUAAAAACCAAUAGAAAUCAUAUUUUUGGUCCGAAAGUUUAAUAAAAUUGACCGCUGAACGUUUAAAAAUCCCCUCUGGCCACCAAAAACAACAAAACUUGCAGUGAAAACUUUGGAUCCCCUGAGGGCGAGCGACUUUUAUCCGACCGACCGCCUCCAAUUCGACGCGUUUGCGGACACAGAUGGCCAUCGGCAAUGCAAAAACCAACUCUAUGUGUACCCAACUGGCCUCUGCUACGGCUCGCAGAAAAGUUUUUCGCGCGCCCGCAACAUCCUCUGCACGGUGCGGUUCCUGCGCCAGAGCAGGCUCCGCCCACAAUUCGUGGAUCUGGCGAAAGGAACGCUGGUCACGGAAAAACACUGCACGGUGCAGUAUCACGACGCCAAUCCCAGCUUCUUCAACGAGAUCCGCGUGGAGUUGCCGGUGGACUUGGAGGAGGACGACCAUUUGAUCUUCGAAUUUUCCCACAUUUCCCUAACCGCAGCCCAAAAAAGCGGAGAUGAGGUGAGAAUUUGGGAUGGAGUUUAUAAUGGAAGACCUGAUCCGGCGCACGUCGAGAAAAAAUAAAACAAAAGCGCUCAAGCAAUCGAAAAUUCUUGGCAUUCUGUUUCAGCGAAAGAAUAAUUUUUUGCUCCAAAUAUAACCUGGUUAAGAAAAUCUCUUCAUUUUGCGCAAUAUUUCGCCUUUCCUCCAACCUCGUCCAAAAAACCCGUCAUUGAGACGGUUUUUUUGGACACUUGCAUAAGCGGAAACAGAAUUCCAACUUUCGUGUUGAUGGAUAACCCCUUGAGUGCAAAAUCUUGCCAUGCGGCGGCUUCAAACAGUACUUCCGAGUUUUUCAAAAUAAAAAUUUUUGGCGGGAAAUGGGAAAUUAAAAUUUUUUUUCUCCCAAAAAAUCAAGGGGAAAUCCAAGAAUACCCAUCCUGCAGUGACGGACCUGAUCCGGUGACAAAAAACGUGCCAUUUUGCAUCCGGGAAGUGUAAAAAAUGCGGCAAAAUACCUCCCUCUCCAAGUGAAAAAACUCCGAGGGGGUAUUUUGCCAUAUUUUUUGAUUCUUCCCGGAUGCAAAAUGGUACGUUUUUGCCACUGGGUCAGGUCCGUCACUGCAGGAUGGGUAUUCUCGGAUUUCCCCCUGAUUUUUUGGGAGAAAAAAAUUUGAAUUUCAAAUUUCCCGCCAAAAAAUUUCAUUUUGAAAAGCUCGAAAAGGCUGUUUGAAAUUGAUCGGGAACUGAUUCUAAAAUGUUUUCGAAGGCAUAAAAAUAAUUUGCCAUCAAUUUUUUGCCUUUCGCCUCAGGGCUUUUGCGUUUUUUAGCCUAUUUUUUGAGAUUUUUGGUCUAAAAUUGAAGAUUUUGUUGAUAUCACCAUUUUACAAAAGGUUUUACUUGUCGUAUGAUGUGGCAUUUUGCUUAAUAUCGCCUUGAAGGGUUAAUCUCAUAUAUUCAUCGUAUUUUGCAACCGAUUUUCAGACCGUCAAUCAAAAAGCCGGAAUUGCCUGGCUUCAGCUGGUAAAACCCGAUAAAAGCUUGGUCUUGAACAACGAUGUUGAUGAAUUUGAACUGCCAGUUGCAACAAACUUACCCACAGAUUAUUUCAAACUGGAUCAGCAUUCAACUCCCAGUCGAAAAGUUAGUUUUGGAAAGGGUUUUGUCUACAGGGUGUUUCGAGAAAUGUGCCGGAAAGUUUUUUUCGAUUUCUUGGCGCUCAGUGACGAUAUCCAAAAAAUUUCUUUUGCAGAAUAAAGAAGAAGAUGGAAGGUUUUUUGUCUAAAAGAAUCAUUUUCUCCGCCAACGCAGAAAGUAGUGUAUUCGGCGGAGACUUUUGAUCGCUUUUUUGGUCAUCAUACCAAUCUUAAACGUUUUUUUUAGAAUUUUGAUGAUGGAAAAGAGGAUGUUUGUGUGUGUUUAUGUAUCCGAAGCUGAGUCAUGUCUUUACCGAAUGCUUGAUAAACAUGAACAUACACAAAUAUACUCUUUUCCAUCAUCAAAAUUCACAAUAAAGCGUUUAAGAUUGGUGUGAUGACCAAAAAAGCGGUCAAAAGUCUCCGCCGAAUACACUACUUUCUGCGUUGGCGGAGGAAAUGAUUCUUUUGGGGGAAGAGCCACCUAUCUUCUUCUUUAUUCUGCAAAAGAAAUUUUUUGGAUAUCUUGACUGAGCGCCGAGAAAUCGGCAAAAACUUUCUGGCACAUUUCUCGAAACACUCUGUAAAAUAAUGUCAAUUUUGACAAAUCUGCUCAUUUUUUUCGUCGAAAAUGCCUUUCAUCUGUGGAUUUUCAGUCCUCAGACGGCUCCAUCAAGUGGGUCGAAGGUGGUAAACCCCUUUUCAAAGUCAAACUUCGCCUUCAUUCCACGUUGUUUUCGUCAAAUCCCCUGUUGAACCGGUUUUUCCAACAAUGUUUGAGCCCGAAUCAGCCAACCCUGAACGUAAAGCCCGAUCUGUUGCUGCAAAUUCCUUUCGAAAGGCUGGAACCACACCUGUUUGUCACGUUGAGCUCACUUUUGCAACUCUUCACCAGGGCCUCGGACCUGAGUUCGGCCGCGAUUUUGACGACCUUGGUGGGGAUUUUGGAGAACUCCACGAAGUGCCAGAAGAAGUCGGAGCUCCGCGAGUUCAUCAAAUUCCAUUUGGCCGUGGGCGGAGAGUUCGAAGUGGACUGCAGAGCGCUCUACGAGGGCCUAUUGGAAGCCGUCGGGAUAUUGGUAAGAUUUUUUGCGAUUUUUUUGUUGAUUUUUAGGAUUUUUUUGGCUGAAAAGGAUCGGAUAUGUCUCUAGAGGGAGCUGUGAGUAUCGAAAGGCUUUUUAUUUUAUAUCAGAAGUAGAUUUUUUUUUUGAUUUUUAAGGAAUUUUAUAUUGUUUUAGGUGAAUUUUGAUCAGAAAAAUGGUCAGAUUGCGAUAUACAGAAGUGAGUAUGUCUAAAAAAGUCGUUUAAACUUUUUUGAACAAGAUUUGAGUAAAAUCCAGGAGCUGCAUUUUGAGCACUCAUCUUUUUUAUAUUGUUUUAGACCAUUUUUGUCCUUUUGGCCAAUUUUUUGCAAAAAUGAGCUUUAAAAUUUUUUGCUCGUGCUUUUCAGAGGGUUUACUGGAUCAUUUAUUCGAUUUAAAUUCUAUUUCAACAAUUUGCAGCUCUCUUCCGCCCAAACUGAGCAGUCCAUCAUCAUCUCCACCUUAUCCCACCUAUGGUUCAUAAUUGAUGUCACAGUGAAGUCCAUGACUCAAACCAUCCUCACCAACGGCUCUCACAAGUACAGUAGACGUCGACGUUUCUCUCAACUCACCUUGGAAGCCAUUGACGCCACUUUCCUCGCGGUUUCCCAGCAAAUUCUCCAAAAUCACCAGAAAUUCGCGGCCGAAACUCGCUCGGCCAAUUUGGCGCUCGCCUACCUCGCAAAACACUCGCUGAACAUCGCGGAUAGAGGCGCGAUCUACGCUUCUUUAUAUGAGAUCAUCAAAAGAUACGACACCAACGAGGUGGGCCUUCCUCGGCACUUCAAACUGGACUUGAUGCAAAUUUUGGUCGGCCACGAACACUGGCUCCCCCUCAACCUCCCCAUGCUCUUCGACUCCAACAACAAACCUCUUUUGGGGCUGGCUGGCACCAAGAUUGACGAUCACGCGCAGGACGGUAGGAGCUUUGAGUUUUUCAAUGUUAACCAUGACGAUUGCCGUGCAAAUUUAAUAUUUUAGCGAUUCGAGUGGCGAAAACCGCACUGAAGACGACUAACAUCUUGUCCAGACUGUUCUUCCAAUUCCUCCCGUCACCGCUAACACAGUCCACACAGAAUAAGAAAAGUUUGUUGGCGGGAUAUUGGGCUAUAUUAUCCAUGAUGGGUUAGGUCAAAAAUUGGAAAAAAUUUUGAGAUUUUUGUGUGGAAUAGAGACUAAUAGAAUGUGCUGGGACUGUUUUAAAUAUUUUUAUUGAUUUUUUCUGUGAAAUCUGCGAAAAAAUGAGAUUUUUUGACCAAAAAAAAUUUUUCGUAUAAAAUGUCGCCGGCCUUCAAAAAUCAAAAUCAUGGUCGCAAAAGAGAGAGAAAUGAAAGAUUCGAGGACGGAACGUCGUUUGUUGUUAUUUUGAUCCAAUUUUUCCUUGUUUUUGAUGCAUUUUUUUAAGAUUCUUAUCAUUUUGUUCGUACAAGGUCCAAUUUGAUCCAAAAAUCGAUCCAGUUUUGCAAAAUUUCCUCUCAACCUAACCUAUUCUGCCCCCUUUUUAGCGGAACUAAACCCGGAGCACUUCAAAUUGGGCAAAACUUUCUGUUCAACGCACUUUUUGGUGGGCCUUCUGCUCCAGGAAUUUGUGGCCGCUCUUCAUGAAAGUAGGGCCUACAGAAGGCUGGUCAUUGCGAUGUUGCGAAACUUGUUGGUCAAGCACAGUCUGGACUUGCGUUAUGAUGGAGCUGUAAGCGUUUUUAAGUCGAUUUUUUUGGGGAAUUUUGGGUCGCGUUAUGCAGAAUUGGAAUUUUAAAUUUGGAAAAUUUUGGUUUAGAAGUUUGACUGAUGUCUCAGAAAAUAAAGAAAAUGAUUUUUUUGAGAGGUUUGGAAAUUUUAGAAAUCGCGUUAUGCAGAAAUAACCGAUUUUUUAGGGUUUUAAUUUCAAUCUUUUUAAAAAUUUUUCUUUGUAAAGAUGAAAAAAUAUGGUUUUUUAAGACAUUUAAAAAAAUUUUAGACCGCGUUAUGCAGAAAUAAUCGAUUUUUGAAAGUUUUUAUUUCAAUUUUUUAAAAGGAUUUUUGCGUUGUAAAAAUUAAAAUUCUGAAUUUUAAAGACGUUUAAAAUUUAUUUUAGACCGCGUUAUGCAGAAAUAAUCGAUUUUUUAGGGUUUUAAUUCAUUUAUUUUUUAAUGAAUUUUGUUUUGUAAAAAUGAAAACUAUGAUUUUUUAAGACACUUCAAAUUUUUUGAAAAUCGCGUUAUGCAGAAAUAUUCGCAAUUUAAGCGAUAAAAUUUACAUUAUUGUAGAGUCAAAGCCGAAUUGCCGUCCUGUACGCCCCAUUUGUGCAGAUCCUCAUCGAACACGUGGAUGAAUUCGAAAUUUUCGGCAAAUUGGAGGACUCGGAACGCGCGGAGGAGCGCAAAGAAAGCGUAAAAUUCGACUACGCCCAAUCCACCGCCAGAUCCAUCCUUUCCAAGGACAUCUCAACGCUGAACGGCGCCUCCGGCCGCGCGGCCACCAACAAUUUCAACGGCAAAGUCUCUCAAUUUACGGAAAAAUUGGACCUAAACGAAGCGAGAGACUUGAUCCUAUGCGUUCUAUAUAUCUUAAAUAACCUCCCGAAACAGGUGACCGUGUCGCUGGCCUUCAACCAACAGACCAGCGAGGCCUUCGACAAGAAGGAGGACGACUUUCUGGCCAUGAUCAACCUGCUCAAAGUGUCGCUGACCCUCUUUCGGUCCCAUCAAAAGUCCGGCUUCCCCACCAUAAAACACCCGAGUUUACCAAGCAAAGAACAGAAAAGUUUGUCCGCAAAACAGCUCAAGAAAUUGUUCAUCCAAGACAGUCAUCUCAGCCAGGAAGUCGCUCUAAUUGUCUUGGAUGUAGCUCAUAAUUUGGCCGAGUUUGUCGCGGUAAGUGGGUCAAGGAGAAUAUAAUUGAAAAUUUGAUGGGUUUUAGAGAUUUUGAAGUCGAUUUUGGAGGUUUAAAUAGUAGUUUGAGGCUGGAUUUAUCAGCCAGGUGAAAUUUUAGGGCAUUUGGAACGAAAUUUUUUUGAAUUUUUGUUUUCCCGCCAAAUUUUGGCAUUCUGUUAUGAGCACCGAACUCGCGGUAAAUAAGCUAGAAAUUGGGUUUAGUUGUAGCCAUUGGCCUUAUUUUUUAUGAAAACCCUCACAAACAAUGAAGUUUUCGCGCAAAUUUUUGAAUUUUUGUUUUCCCGCCAAGUUUGGCAUUCUGUUAUAGGCACCGAAAUCGCAGUAAAUAAGCUAGAAAUCGGAUUUAAUUGAAGCCGUUAGCCUUAUUUUUUACGAAAACCCUCAGAAACAAUGAGACUUUGGCACAACUGUUUGAAUUUCCCGCUUCCCGCCAAAUUUUGGCAUUCUGUUAUAGGCGCGGAUUUUUUUUUUUUUUUUUUUGAUUUUUAUUGAAAAUUUUGUCCGAAUUUGGAUUCGAAACUGCUUUAAAAUAAAUGAAAUUUGUUUUUAGGGCCGUUGGAACGGCAGUCAGCUGGAUGCCGAACAAGAACGCAAAGCUUUCCUCGGAAUUAUUGACCUUAUCCUGGAUUUAGUGGGCGAUCAGUGGCCGGAAGGAGUCCGACUGAAUGCCCUAAACACUCUGGGAAUGUUCAUAGAAUUGUUCUCGAAUCAACUGUCCUCGGAUCGAAGCAACGAGGCCUUGCCGAAACUCUGUCAGCGCUUAUUGUUGUUGUUGAACAGCCGAUUGGAGAAAGUUCAGUGUGCAGCCGCGGCAAUUCUCCACUUGCUCAUCCGACAGGGCUUCAAUGUGACCUUUGAGGAGUAUGGUAAGGGCUGAAACGAUUUUUUCAAAUUUUUGUUGGGCGCUUUACGCAGUAAAACGAGAAUUAUGGAGGAAAAACGUAAAUUUUAGGGAAGAAAAACGUGAAUUGAUAAAAUACCUUGAAUUUAUUGCAACCCAGGAAUGGUAUAGUGAUUAUAGAGAAAAAAUAAAGCAUUUUAUGUGUGCUGGGUGACAUCUUAUACGAAAUUUUUUCGAAUUUUGAGGUCUAAACAUGAUUUAUGGAUAAAAACGUAAAGUUUAUGGAGGAAAAACGUAAAUGGUUGAAAAAACACAAAUGGCCCGUUGAAUUGCCGAGAUUUAAUUUGAAAAAGCAUACUGUAGGUGUAUUAGCCAAUUUUUUAAAAUUGAGUGACAUUUCAUACAAAAAAAAAUUUUUUUUGAAAUUUUUUUGUUAGAUUGGGUGUAAAAUAGAGGUCAGAAGGUAGUAAAAUCCUUAACAAAGUGGUGUCUAUUAUUUUUGCCCAACUAAAUUUCAAAUUCCAGCGAAAAAAAUGGAUUUCUUUGAGCUUUUAUGGAUGAAAAACGUGAUUAUGGAUAAAAACGUAAAUUUUAGGGAGGAAAAACGUAAAUGGUUGAAAAUACACAAAUAACUUGGUAAAUUACAGCAAUCCAAGUUGGAAUCGCGUUCUCUAGGAGUAUUAGGCUAUUUGUUUAAAUUGAGUGACAUUUUAUACGAAAAAUUUUUUUUUUGAAAAAUUUUUUUUUUCUAAAUUGGGGGAAUAUGUAAUAAGGAGAUGUGUAUUUUUUUACCCAAAUAAAAUUUUCGAAUUCCAGCGAAACAAGUGGAUUCCCAGCCGAAUUCGGUCCGCCUGCCCAACGAAGGCAAGGCGUCGGCGGAUUGGCUGGGCAACGCCGGCCUCCAAAUCACCAUCGCGUUGGCCUACCUCCUCGGACAGAACGAAUUGUCCGCCGACUCGCCGCGCUUCGAACACGGCAUUCAUUUGUUCGAGAGUUUGACGGCAAAUCAACUGGACCAAAAAUUGGAAUUGUUCAAGAGAUCUGCGCAAGACCUUGCGACACAACUCAGAGACAUUGUAAAGGCAACCAUGUCGAUCACGGAGGCCAGAAAUGAUCCGGUGAGCUUUGAAUUUUGAAUUUUUUUUUUGAUUUUUUCAAAAAAUUGAAAAUUUUGGUGAUUUUUGGAAAUUUUUGGAAGUUUUUGCGUGUAAAAGGUAUUUUAGAGAGACGAAAAAACAAGAGGAAGGCUUGAGAUUUAUUAUGGGCCACUUUAUUUUUCCAGAAAGUUCUAAAUUUGAGGUUAAAAUACGAUUUUUUUUCUUCUGGACGCAAUUUUUUAAAUUUUCCAUUUUUUUCGUCCAAAAUUUUGUUAUAAACAAAAAAUUUUUAUUUCAAAAUAACCCUUGAGGCUUGACAAAUAAUGACAUUAAUCGGAUUUUACUGAAAAUUUCUUUUUUAUAUAACUUUAGACAUGAAAAUCGCGAAAUUUUGGAAAAUUUUUGGUUUUCCUCCUAAAAAUCGGUCAUUUUUCACCAGAUUUUUCACCAAAAAAUUUUAGGUCCGACUAGCCGAGCUUCAUGUGAAAUUGGCCGACAGUUACCGCGGCUCUCCGGCCCUGAGGGCCGCUUGGUUUGACACACUCGCUCAAAUCCACCGAGCCGAACACUGGUUCUCGGAAGCGGCCGUUUGCCAAGCCCAUUGCGUCGCGAUCAUUGCGAAACAACUCAAGGCCAGAGGUGGGUUCGAAUGCUUCUAUUUAGACCCUAUUUGAUUUUUAUUAAUCAAAAUUUUUUUCAGAAAAAAUUGACAUUGAUUUAAGUCUGCUGUCAUGUCUAAAUCAUCAAAUUUUGGAAGACGAAAGGGUCAAUGAGCUGGAACUCCCUCUCUGGCACAGUGGAAAUUUCACAAUAGUAAGCUGGAACAGCUUUUUUUGGAGAGGAGAUCGAAAAAAUUCGCCAAAAAUUACCUUAUUUUAGGACGCAUUCACCUCCAAGGUCGAGGAAACCGUGAAAGUUUUGAUUGAUGCCGAAAGAUACGAAGCUGUGGGCCCGAUUUAUCGUAUGGCCAUCCCACUGCACGAAAACGCCUUCAACAACAAGGCGUUGACCAGCGUCUACGCCGAGCUACAUCAGGCCUACUCCAGAGCGGCCGAAAUUCAGACCAGCCGCAAACGACAUUUGGGCUCGUAUUUCCGAGUAAUUUUACACUCCACGAUCCAUUUCGGCGACGAACAUCAAUCUGCAUGGAUAUAUAAGGAACCGGCAUUGACGAGUCUGGCCGAAGAAAGCGAACGAAUGGUCAGGUUGUUCCGGAAAAUUUUGAGGUAAGGAAAUGCCAAGUGUAAGGUGAAAAUCGAGAUUUUUUGAAGGAUUUUUGGAGGGAUUUGGAGUUUUUGGGAAAGAUUGAGACUUGUUUGGACAUUUGAUUGCAGAAUAAAAUGAUUUGAGGAACGAUUUUUAAUAAAAUUAUCUUAUCCAUGACAUCCGAAAGUUUUUGAUGAUUUAGAUGAUUUUUGAUGGAUUUUGGAGGGAUUUGGAGUUUUUGGGAAAGAUUGAGACUUAUUUGGACAUUUGAUAGCAGAAUAAAAUGAUUUGGAGAGGAAUUUGUGGUAAAAUUAUGUUAUACAUGACAUCCGAUAAUUUUUGAUGGUUUAGACAAUUUUUGACGGAUUUUUGGAGGGAUUUGGAGUUUUUAGGAAAGAUUGAGACUUGUUUGGGCAUUUGAUAGCCGAAUAAAAUUAUUUGGAGUGGAAUUUGUGGUAAAAUUAUGUUAUCCAUGACAUCCGAUAGUUUUUGAUGAUUUAGAUAAUUUUUGAUGGAUUCUUGGAGGGCUGUGGAGUUUUUGGGACGGAUUGAGACUUGUUUGGACAUUUGAUAGCUGAAUAAAAUGAUUUGAAGAACGAUUUUUAAUGAAAUUAUAUUAUCCAUGACAUCCGAUAGUUUUUGAUGAUUUAGAUAAUUUUUGAUGGGUUUAUGGAAGGCUUUGGAGUUUUUAAGGCAUACUGGGACUUGUUUAGAUGUUUGGUAGCAAAAUCAAAUUAUUUGAGGAAAGAUUUUUGGUAAAAUUAUCUUAUCCAUGACAUCUGAUAGUUUUUGAUGAUUUAGAUCAUUUUUUAUGGAUUUUUGAGGAAAUAUUGAAUGAAAUGGAUAUUUUGGUAUUUGUAAGGCUCUGAAAUAGCAAAAAAAUAAAGAUUGUCCAACAAAUUGGAUAAAAUAAUGUUAUCCAUGAGAUCAGACAAAACUUGAUGAUUUAGAUAAUUUUUGAAAGAGUUUUGAAAUGUUUGAAGGUUAAUGUGAUAGUUUUUGACUUGUUGAAGCUUUAUGUAGCAAAAUAACAUGGGUUUAGGAGGAAAAAUAGGAUCAAUUUAUAUUAUCCAUCACAACUUUUUGAAAAAAUUUUGAUUAUUUUGUGGAUUUUUCGAAGAAUUUUUUGGUGAUUUUAAUCGCAAUUAUUUGUUAGGGCUUAUUUAGUGAUAUGGGAUGGUAUUUUGCAGAAUUUGAAAAAAAAAAUUUGAGGUGAUUUUAUAUUAUCCAUGGAAAAAUUGCCGAUUGAGUACUGAAAAUUUUUUUUAAAAUACGUGAAACAUAUAUUUUCCUCGAUAUUUCAGGACCGAAAAAGUCCGAUUCCUCACGGACGCCGAGGUUUCGAUCGAUCUGGACCCCUCCAUCGCUCACAUUCAACUUACUCAUGUGGAUCCACUCCUCGGCGACCAAGACGAUCAGAUCGACUUCGCCAAACACCUGAAGCAAACCGACUCGGCGGACGUGAAUUACAGCGCGCACACGAAUAUCAGCAAUUUUUAUUUCGAAAAACCAUUAAUUGAGCCGAUCAACGAAGAGUCCAACGAAAAGGUCCCGGAACAGGCAAGGUUGGCGCUAAAAAGAGUGUUUUUGAAGAGUAAGUGAUGGAAGAAUUGGUAAUGGAGACUUUGAAGCCAUUUGGAACAGAUUAGAGGCGAUUUUAAGCCCUUGAAACAGAAUGCCAAGAUUUUUGAAAAAGCGCGGGAAAAUCAAAAUUCAAAUUUGGUUUUACGAAUUUGAAGAGAUUAUGAAUUUUAUGGCGCUUAGGAAGAGUUUUUUCUUUGAAAGUAAUUUUAUUUUUAAUUAUAUUCGAUCUAAAAAAAGCUUAAAAAAUUGAAAUUUGAAUUUCCCGCCAAAUUUUUAAAUUCUUGGCGUUAUAUUUCAGUCCCGAAAUUAUACUGUAAAAGCCUAUUUAAUGAUGUAACGGUGAUUUUGAAGUCAUUUGGGAUGGUUUGGAGGCCAUUUUAAGCCCUUGAAACAGAAUGCCAAGAUUUUUGAAAAAGCGCGGGAAAAUGAAAAUUUAUUUAUUUAUUUUUUUUUUGGGAAUUUGGUGAAUUUAUGGAUACAGUGGCCGAAGAUUUUUUUUUGAAGAUAUUUUUUUAUUUUUUCGAUGGAAAAAAUUUGAAAUUUGAAUUUCCCGCCAAAUUUUUUAGUUCUUGGCAUUCUGUUUCAGCCCUAAGAUUAGGCGAUAUAAGCCUAGUUAAUUACGUUUGUGCCCCGUUUCAGCCAAAGAAACCUUCCCCAACACCCGGAGACGACUGCCGAUCAUCAAAAUCUCCGAGGAAAUCCUAAGCCCACUGGAGUUGGCGUGCGAAAACUUGAUCAAGAAGGCCUCCCAAAUCCAACAGGUCCUCUCAUCGGCCGGAAUAGGCGCCACUGGCCCCGUGGACCGCUCAAAACUGCAGGCGCUGGACAUGAAGGGCCUUCAGUGCUUGCUGCAAGGCUCAGUUAGUCCCACCGUGAAUGUGGGGGUUUUGGCCUACGCUGAAGCCUUCACUUCCGACUCUCAGCGAUCGAAGUAUGGAGUAGAAGGCAUGGAAAGGCUCAAACAGUCGUUUAAGUAAGUUUUGGAGGAGGUUUAAAUCGAAAAAUGGAGGAAUUUUGAGAUUUCAAGCGAAUUUUUGGUCAUGAUCAAGGACAACACAAAUUUUUUCAAUUUUUUAGAGUGUUCAUGGCUCAAUUAGCUCGCGCUUUAAUGGUGAACGAGUUGGCUGUUGCGGAGGACCAAGCCGAGUAUCAGAUUAUGCUCAAAAAUUCCUUCGAUGGCAUGCUCGAAAGACUUUGCACCUUUUUUGAUGGAGAAAAUGUAAGUUGCUAAAAAAUUUCGGAUUUUACUGGGUAUAAAAAUAAGAAAUGUUAAUCUUUGAAGACAUUGGACGUUUUAAAAUUUAUUUUUAGACGGGUUUUCGUAAAUUUUGACGGUUUGCUAUUUUCCAAUAAUUUUUGUGACAUUUCGUCAAAUUGGUGGAAACCCGGUUUUUUGAAGGGAAUACAGGGCUGAAUUAAAAAGAAGAGAGUCUGUGGAGAAUAGCGAAUCAAUUUUUUCAAUUUUUUUACUUUUUUUAAUUGGGAAAUUACCUUAUUUUAGGGGUAAAGAUACUUCGCCUCAAGAAAAUUGAGAAAAAAGGUCAUUUUGGAAGAAUUUAGUGGGUGAGAAGUGGCUAAAAAGACUGUAAAUUCUGCGUAUAGGUGUCAUACUCAUUUUACGUUUCAGUUCCUCCCGGACAACGUCAAUCCUUUCGUGACGAAGCCCAAAAACGAAUCCAAUGACCCAAUACCUCCGAAAAGUUCCUACAUUCUCGACUCAAUCAGCGGAAUCCCUCAUCGAUUGUAA